AUGGAUACUUACGUGAAACUCUAUCUCUCGACUCUUAUCAUGGCAUUGUCACUCAUCAUCUCAUCAGUGUUUGCCAGUCCUUCUGCAAACAAUGACAUUGUCGUGGCUAUCCAAGAGAUGGAGAGAGCAAAUUACUUCACCUUUGUCAUGCUUAUAAACAUGGUUCCUCCUAGUAUGUUCCAAGGUAAUAUCACUUUCUUGAUGCCAAGUGAUAGAUCACUCUCCAGAACAAAGAUACCACAAAACAGUGUCAUAGAUCUCUUGCUUAACCAUUCCAUUCCCUCCCCUUUACUUUUCGAUCACCUUAUUCAUUUGCCCACAAACAGCACACUACCUACAUCAAACCCUGACUUAAUGCUUAAGGUCUCUAAUAGUGGCAGACGAGGUUUGUUUCUUGGGAAUGUUAGAAUUGUUAGUCCUAAUAUAUGUACACAUGGGUACUUGGUGCGGUGCCAUGGAAUAGAUGAUGUGCUUAGUGUUGACAUAGAGAAACCAGAAAUCACAUGCCCUAGAGUUUCCUCUCCAAUUCCAGCUACUACCCCAUUGUUGGCACCUACUAGUCAGGCUCCUGCAUCAAAUCCACCUCAUGCUGACGCUUAUGAAACCUCAGGUGGUCGAAGACCACAUAUAGAGUUAACAUUGACAUGUAUCGUGUUUAUGUGGCUUUUCUCAAAUCUCGUCCGUACAACAAUGGCUAACUUCAAUAUGAACACGAUGUCAGGGUUUUCUCAUCGUUUGGGUUCUUCAACCAAAAUUCCUAUGUUAAUCCCCGAAUACUAUGAACAAUGGGCUGGCAGGAUGGUGGAUUAUCUCAUAGGGAUUGACGAAGAUUUAUGGAGGUGUAUUAAGAGCAAUAAAUUUUGUCCAUCGAUGCUUUCUGAUGUCGGAAGUGAUGGUUCAUCCAUUGAUGUAACUACUCAAACUAACAAGUUUAAAACAAAUGAUAAGAGAUGCAUGUGUGAAUUGUGA